GACCGAACUAAUCGCCAUGGCGCCUCCGUCCCCACAUGCGCUCGUCAUCCCCUACCCGGCGCAGGGCCACGUGAUACCCCUCCUGGAGCUCGCCCACGCGCUGGUCGACCGGGGCUUCACCGUCACCUUCGCCAACUCCGAGUUCAACCACCGCCGCGUCGUGGCCGCCGCCAUGCCGGAGUCGGAGUCGCCGACGCUGCUGGGCCGGAGGGGGAUCCGGCUGGUGGCGGUGCCGGACGGCAUGGGGCCCGGGGAGGACCGGAACGACAUCGUCAGGCUGACCCUGCUCACGGCGGAGCACAUGGCGCCUCGGGUGGAGGACCUCAUCAGGCGCAGCCGCGACGGCGACGGCGGCGCGGAGGGCGGGCCCAUCACCUGCGUCGUGGCGGACUACAACGUCGGGGCGUGGGCGCUCGACGUGGCGCGGAGGACCGGCGUCAGGUCCGCCGCCAUCUGGCCGGCUUCGGCCGCCGUGCUGGCGAGCCUUCUCAGCAUCGACAAGCUGAUCCAGGACAAGAUCAUCGACCCACAAGAUGGGUCUGCACUGAGCCAAGGCACGUUCCAGCUGUCCCCGGACAUGCCCGUGAUGCAGACGUCUCACCUCGCGUGGAACUGCAUAGGCAACCACGACGGGCAGGAGGCGCUGUUCCGGUACCUCCGCGCCGGCGUCCGCGCGGUGGAAGAGUGCGACUUCAUCCUCUGCAACUCUUUCCACGACGCCGAGCCGGCGACCUUCGCGCGGUUCCCGCGGAUCGUCCCAGUCGGCCCUCUCCUCACGGGCGAGCGCCGUCGCCGUGGCAGUGGUGGCAAGCAGGCGGCAGCGGUGGUGGGGCAUUUCUGGCGGCCCGAGGACGGCGCGUGCAUGGCCUGGCUCAACGCGCAGGCGGCGAGGUCCGUCGUGUACGUGGCCUUCGGCAGCCACACCAUGUUCGACGCGCGCCAGUUCCGGGAGCUGGCACUGGGGCUGGAGCUCUCUGGUCGGCCGUUCCUGUGGGUCGUGCGCCCUGACAUCGUCCUCGGCGGCGGCGGCAUCCACGGCUACCCCGACGGCUUCCUCGACCGCGUCAGCGCGACUGGCCGCGGCAUGGUGGUGGCGUGGUCGCCGCAGCAGCGGGUGUUGGCGCACCCUGCGGUCGCGUGCUUCGUCUCGCACUGCGGCUGGAACUCGACCAUGGAGGGCGUCCGCAACGGGGUGCCCUUCCUCGCCUGGCCCUACUUCACCGACCAGUUCGUCAACCAGGCGUACAUCUGCGACGUCUGGAAGGUCGGGCUCCCGGCCGAGGCCGAUGAGUCGGGCGUCGUCACCAAGGAGCACAUCGCCAGUAGGGUGGAGGAGUUGAUGGGUGACGCCGGCAUGAGGGAGAGGGUGGAGGACAUGAAAAGGGCUGCGCGUGGGAGCGUCACCCGUGGGGGCUCGUCGCACCGCAACUUCGACAUGUUUGUUCAGGCAAUGAAAAGGCGUGAAUCAAUAGAUUCACAGAAUAAUUAAUGUAUGUGUUUUAUAUAUGUAUAUAGAUUCG